CGAAACCGAAAGUAAGCUCGAAAGGAAAACGCGGACGUUUUGAAGACUUAAAAAGUGUUAUAAACAUCACAUUAAGGUGUGAAGUCAGUUUCUCAUUAUGGAGAACAGAGAGAGCAGUGAGAGAUCUUCAUCUCCUGAUCACAGCUGUGUGUCUCUGAAAAGUGAUGUAUCCAGGGGUCUUCCUCUUGACCUCAGUGAUGAUUCAGUGACCUCUGACCCCAGGACAAGGAAGAGGAAGAGAUCUUCAUCUCCAGUUCCCAGCUGUGUGUCUCUGAAGAGUGACAGAUCCAUGCAGUAUGAUCCUCCUAAAUUCAGUAAUGAUCCGGUGACCUCUGACCCCAGCAGAGCAUAUCGAGAUAGAAGCAUCUCUCGAGGAGCCGCCUCUGUCUUCUGUCUGAACAACACAAGCGUUACAGCGCCCCUGAAAAAACAUGUUCAACCAGUGAAUGAUGAACUACAGAGAGUCAAAGACCAGCACAAAACCAGCAUGAGGAACAAGUAUGAGAAAUUAUUUGAGGGAUUGAAACUCCACCUGAACAGGAUCUACACACAGCUCUACAUCAUAGAGGGAGAGAGAGAAGGAGUGAAUGAAGAACAUGAGGUUUUACAGAUGGAGAAAACAGCCAGAACACAACACUCACAAGACACUCCAAUGUACUGCAAUGACAUCUUUAAAGCCUCAGCUGAUGAAGGGCAAUGUGAUGUUUUAUGA